GAGCUUCAACGACACCGUCAUCGCCAGUCCCCCUUUCCCACCGCCUCAGAGACCAAUGGGAAUCUCUUUCAGGUCAACCCCCUCCUUCCUCGAAUCGAGGCCAGACAGCCAGAGCAGGCAAAUCCCGUAACAGAGGAGUCCUUCUCUUCUAUAGUUCUUCCACCUUCCAGAAUCCAUCCAGACUUCCAGAUUUUGACUAUGUGAGAGAAAAAAGGAAGAGAGAGAAGGUCGAGGAACGCGUGAGAUCCGUGUAAUUCGUGAAAUUAAAUUUGAAAUGAAACGAUAAAUGAUCGUGUCGCCUUCUUCCUAGUUCGUCUUCCAAGAUGAUUCCACCUUAAAACCCUACAGAAUCCCGCUCACUUCGAUCUACGAAGACGACAAAUACCUAACCAACAAACAAUCCCAAUAACUGGGAAAAGAAAAAGACUAGUGGAGGUUGGUAAUCCGUUAUCCCACUCGUUAAGGGACUUUCGAGUUCACUUUUUGUUCUUCUUCCUCUGUUCUUCAAAAUUGCAGCUUCUUUCGUUCUUCAUCAAUGGCGAAAUCCUUGUGCUUCUUGCUUUAUUUCCUCUAGAGGAACGACUGUUAGGCUUCUGGGUUUGUAGUUUUUCAUUGGGAUCUCGCCGCCACGACUCUCAAUUCUUUACUUCAUCGAAAUUUCUGUUGAUUUGAAGGAAGAAGCUCUGUUUGAAUCAACUUGAAGGACUUAGUGGUGGUAAGAAACUUGAAUUGUUCACUAUUUGAGGAGAACUGUUGGGAGGAUGUUGUUGGAGAUGGAUUGCAUCUGUUGGUUUUUGGAUUUUGGGGGUUGAGAUUAGAGGGGUUUGGAUUUAUGAUGGAUGUAUCUCAGGGCAGCUCAAAUGCGCCCCCUCCUUUCCUUACGAAGACGUAUGAGAUGGUGGAUGAUCCAUCCACUAAUAGUAUCGUCUCAUGGAGUCCAACCAACCACAGUUUCAUCGUGUGGAAUCCGCCGGAAUUUGCAAGCAAUUUGUUGCCCAGGUACUUUAAGCACAACAACUUCUCCAGCUUUGUCAGGCAGCUCAAUACAUACGGUUUCAGAAAAAUUGAUCCUGAUCAAUGGGAAUUUGCUAAUGAGGAAUUUGUGAGAGGCCAGAGACACCUCCUGAAGAACAUUCAUAGGCGCAAACCAAUCCACAGCCACUCACUAAAUAACCAAGGGCAAGGAAAUUCUUCUGGUACAUGGACGGAGUCAGAGAAACAGGAGCUUGAGGAUGAAAUUGAGAGGUUGAAACAGGAGAAGAGCAUCCUUGUUUUGGAGCUACAGAGGCAUGCACAAGAGCAGCAAGGUGUGGAGUUGAAGAUGCAGUCUUUGGAGGAACGGUUGCAUCAUAUGGAGCAUCGCCAGCGGCAGAUGGUUGGCUUCUUGGGUCAAAUCUUGCAGAAACCUGGGUUCGUUUCCAAUCUCAUGCAACAGUCAGAAAAUCAUAACAAGAAGAGAAGGUUGCCAAAACUUGACUACUUAUAUGAUGAAGCCACUGUGGAGAAUCAGAUGGUAACUUUCCAGAGGGACAGGUCAGAUGCUCUAUCUUUCCCAGUCAUAAACAUUGAGCCGUUUGAGAAGUUGGAGUCCUCAUUAAAUUCUUGGGAGACUCUUCUUCAUGGUGUUGGUGAAGCUUGUGGCGAGGAAAUGAACACUGUUGGAAUACCCUUGCUGCCUUCUGCAGUUGUUCUUACUGAAAUGCAUGCAUCAUCUGGGGAUCCAGAUAUAAACAUAAGCAAGCAUCUGCAGUCACCUAAACUGCAUCCCUCUUCGCCUCAUGCCGGAGAUAUUCAUUCCUCUCCUGAGCCGGUGGAAUCUACAAGUCACGGGGAGAGCUCCAUUAUUCCUUCUUUUGAACUUAAUACGGAUUGUAGGCCUACUGGGAUUGACAUGAACUCCAGCCCUACCUCUGCUCCUGUGGUUCAUUCUCAGAAAGAACGGGUAGUAGGGACUGUGACCUCCUCUUUGCCAACAGGAGUAAAUGAUGUAUUCUGGGAGCAGUUCUUAACUGAGACUCCUGGUUCAUCUGAGACACAGGAGGCUCAGUCGGAAAGAAAGGAUGCUGAUAUCAGAAAAAGUGAAAACAGGCUACCUGAUCAUGGAAAAUUUUGGCGGAACAUUAAGAAUGUAGAUAAUCUUACAGAACAGAUGGGCCAACUUACUCCAACCGAAAGAAUCUGAUGUUGGUUGAUACUUCACGUCAAUUUUUAUAGUCUGAAGGCUGGCUGUGUUACUAGUUGACUUUAACUUAAUAUAGAAGAGGUAUGGUUGGCUUGGUCAUGUAAAAUAUACCAGACAUCAGUUUUUUGAGCUCAUUGUACUUGUACAUUUUGAUGCUUGUACAUCAGUUUCUAGUGUCCAGUAGGUUUCCUUUGUUCAUUAAUAUUAUGAUCUUCAAUUUAGCUCUCAA